CUAGGGUUUAAGAGAUGGAGGGAGCGAUGACGCAGGCGCGCCGGCUCACCGCCGCAUUGCGAUCUCCCGGCGACGAGAAUGGGCGGAUCUUCGACGUGGACAAGGCCUACCUCGAUCGGAUGAGGAUUUUGGAGCGGUUGCGGCAGCACUAUCCGUCGGCUGCCAAGGAAGGAGAGGCGGACGGCGUUGAGUUUGGAAGCGAUUUGGAUUUUCGGGCGCCGUGCAAGGAGGAGAAGCGAGUUGAGACGAUAUUCACGAAGCCAAGGGAAGAUCCUCCGGCCAUUGUGAAUCUUCGAUGGGUGCAAGACAUAUGCAAAGAGUCUGGGGACGAGCUAGCCUUUGCAGUGUGUCGCGUUCUGGAGUCAUCGGACUCUGGAGAUCAGAUUGCCGGCUACUUGUUUGAUCUUAUGGGGGAUAACGGAUUUGAGCACAUCCAAGUUUUGCUCCAGUGCAGGAAAGAGCUCGUGGAAGCGUUUCACAAGGGUCUGUCUCGUUUGAAAUUGGAAAAUCCUUCUCAAUCAAACCAAGGACGUGUACCGAGCUAUGGCACUCAGGUUAGUGUACAGACUAGUUUAGAUCGCCAGAUCGAUAAACUGCGACGAAAAGAGGAAAAGAGACAUGGAAAACGUGGGGAAGAAUCGGAGCUCGACUGGACUGGUGGAUUUUCUGCCGUAGUUGAUGCUAGCGAGAGGCCUGAUGAAGGGAUAGAAGGUCUAGUUGGGAAAGGUGAUGGUUUCACUGGCAUGACCGGGGCAUCCCUUCCACCGGGUUCUGUGAAAAAGGUUUUCAAAGGCUACGAAGAGGUGCAAGUACCACCCACACCAACAUCGUCGUUGAAGCCUGGAGAAUUCCUGGUUAAAAUUUCCGAGCUUGAUGACAUAUCACAGGCAGCUUUCCAAGGGUACCAGACCCUCAAUCGCAUUCAAAGCCGGAUCUUUCCAACAGCGUAUAACAGCAACGAAAACAUAUUGGUCUGUGCACCGACAGGAGCCGGAAAAACUAACAUUGCCAUGAUCACGGUUCUACAUGAGAUAAGGAAACACUUUAAGUUUGGAGUUCUACAAAAAAGCGAGUUCAAGAUCGUCUACAUUGCUCCAAUGAAGGCACUUGCAGCGGAAGUAACAGCAGCAUUUGGUCGAAGGCUUGCACCACUGAAUGUUGUUGUCAAGGAGCUUACAGGUGACAUGCAGCUCACCAAGAGAGAGCUUGAAGAGACGCAGAUGAUCGUAACCACACCGGAGAAGUGGGAUGUGAUCACACGAAAAACCAGUGAUAUGGCUCUCGCGACUCUUGUGAAGUUGCUUAUUAUUGACGAGGUGCAUCUUCUAAACGAUGAUCGUGGAGCCGUCAUUGAAGCACUUGUUGCGAGAACAUUGAGACAGGUCGAAUCAAGUCAAAGCAUGAUCAGGAUUGUUGGCCUCUCAGCAACUCUACCAAACUAUAUAGAGGUGGCUAAGUUUUUGAGGGUGAGUCCCGAAACCGGGUUGUUCUACUUUGAUGCAAGUUAUCGUCCAGUGCCUCUGAUGCAAAACUACGUGGGCGUCACUGAACCAAACUUUGCGCUACGCAAUAGUAUUAUGAAUGAAGUGUGCUACGGAAAGAUAUUGGAGGCGGUUCGUCACGAUCAGCAAGCAAUGGUCUUUGUGCAUUCUCGGAAAGAUACCGUGAAAACUGCUCGUAUACUGGUUGAUAUAGCACAAAGAAAUGGCGAGAUAGGCCUUUUCUUGAAUAUGGAUCAUCCUCAGUAUGGAAUAAUGAAGAGAGAAGCUUCGAACUCAAAGAGCAAGGAGCUUUGGGAACUCUUCCAGUCCGGGUUUGGAGUUCAUCACGCUGGGAUGCUACGCUCUCAGAGAAACUUGGCAGAACGUUUUUUUUCAGAAGGGCUCUUGAAGAUUUUGGUUUGUACUGCAACAUUGGCCUGGGGUGUAAAUCUACCAGCUCAUACCGUCAUUAUCAAGGGUACUCAACUAUACGAUCCAAAAGCUGGUGGUUGGCGAGAACUCGGCAUUCUUGAUGUCAUGCAGAUUUUUGGACGCGCAGGGCGUCCGCAGUUUGAUUCAAGUGGAGAAGGAAUUAUUAUUACUACCCAUGACAAGCUUGCACAUUAUUUGCGAUUGAUGACGCACCAAUUACCCAUUGAGAGCCAAUUUGUAAGCGCUUUGAAAGAUAACUUGAACGCGGAAGUGGUUCUUGGAACUGUUACUAACGUUCGUGAAGCGUCAACUUGGCUCAGCUACACAUAUUUGUUCGUGCGAAUGACGGCCAGCCCGCUAGCUUAUGGAUUGGAAUGGAAUGAGGCCAUGAAUGAUCCUCAACUUGUUGCGAAACGAAAUGCUCUAAUUGUAGAUGCUGCUCGUGCGCUGAAUAAGGCAAAAAUGUUACGUUUUGAUGAAAAAAGUGGCAACUUCUAUGUCACGGACUUGGGCCGUGUUGCAAGCCAUUUUUAUCUUCAAUACAGGAGUGUGGAAACUUACAACGAGAUGCUUAAGCAGCAUAUGAGUGAUAGCGAGCUUUUUAAGCUGGUCUCGCAUUCAUCUGAAUUUGAAAACAUUAUGGUGAGGGAAGAAGAGCAACAAGAAAUAGCUAAGCUUCUCCAUACCUCUUGCCCUUUGGAAGCUUAUGGUGGGGCUGAGAGCAAAUAUGGAAAAAUCAACGUUCUUAUACAAGUCUAUAUAUCUCAAGGUUACUUGGAUGGGUUUUCUCUUAUUGUUGAUAGUGCCUACAUAAGUGCAAGCUUGGGACGCAUUAUGAGAGCGUUGUUUGAAAUUUGCUUGCGGCGUGGCUGGUGUUCAAUGUCGGCAAUGAUUCUAGAAUAUUGCAAGGCUGUAGACCACCGUAUUUGGCCUCAUCAGCAUCCUUUGCGACAAUUUCACGGAGUCCUUUCCCCCGAGGUGCUGCGUAAACUGGAAGACCGCGGUGCUGACUUGGAUAAACUUUAUGACAUGAAUGAAAAAGAGAUUGGCUCUUUGAUCAGCAGUCCCUAUGGGGGAAAGCUGGUACGUCAAUGUAUGGAUCACUUCCCGUUCAUCAAUCUGUCUGCAAACGUGAGUCCAAUUACGCGGACUGUUCUUCAGGUCACCUUAACUAUUACCGCGGAUUUUACUUGGAAGGACAGGUUUCAUGGGACGGCUUUAAGAUGGUGGAUUUGGGUGGAGGAUUCGGAUAACGAGCAUAUUUACCACUCGGAGCACUGGACAUUGACCAAGAAAAUGGUGGCGGAAGGAAGCCAGACAAUUUCAUUCACCAUUCCCAUUUUUGAGCCAAUUCCCUCGCAGUAUUACAUUCGUACCAUUUCGGACACGUGGUUACAAGCGUCCUACCUAUAUACACUCUCUUUUCAGCAUCUUAUCUUACCAGAGCUCCACCCUCCACACACCGAGCUACUAAACCUUCGACCAUUGCCGGUGUCAGCCUUGAAAAACCAGAAAUAUGAAGAACGAUACAAGUUUUCACAUUUCAAUCCUAUCCAAACGCAGGCUUUUCACACUUUGUACCAAACUGAUCAUAAUGUUCUGCUGGGCGCUCCAACUGGGAGUGGAAAAACAAUAUCCUCAGAGCUUGCCAUGCUUCGCCUUUUUAACACACAACCAGAUAUGAAGGUCAUAUACAUUGCUCCUUUAAAGGCUCUUGUACGGGAAAGAGUUGACGACUGGAAGAAAAGUCUGGUACCCACGCUUGGAAAGAAGCUGGUGGAAUUAACGGGCGAUUUUACUCCGGAUUUACUUGCGUUGCUUGAAGCAGAUAUCAUCAUUUCAACUCCUGAAAAAUGGGACGGUAUUAGUCGUAGUUGGCACAACAGAAGCUACGUUACAAAGGUCGGCCUGAUGAUCAUUGACGAAAUACAUUUGCUAGGCGCAGACAGAGGUCCGAUCCUUGAGGUUAUAGUAUCCCGGAUGCGCUAUAUUUCUUCUCAAACCGCUCGUCAUGUUCGAUUUGUUGGCCUGUCAACGGCCCUUGCGAAUGCAAAGGAUUUGGGAGACUGGCUGGGCAUUGAAAAUGUUGGACUGUAUAAUUUCAAGCCAAGCGUUCGCCCAGUACCACUAGAAGUUCAUAUACAGGGAUAUCCUGGGAAGUUUUACUGCCCUCGAAUGAAUAGCAUGAACAAACCAACUUACGCUGCUAUCAGAACACACUCGCCUUUGAAGCCGGUUUUGAUAUUUGUCUCUUCUCGUCGUCAAACUCGACUUACUGCCUUCGAUCUCAUUCAGUUCGCAGCCCAAGACGAACAGCCACGCCAGUUUUUGCAAAUGAAUGAAGAGGACAACAGCAUGAUUCUGUACAAGGUUGUGGAUAGUAGUCUAAAGCACACAUUGCAGUUUGGGAUCGGGUUGCACCAUGCUGGUCUCUGUGACAGUGACAGAACUCUAGUUGAGGAGCUCUUUUACAACAACAAAAUUCAGGUUUUAGUUUGCACGAGCACUUUAGCUUGGGGAAUCAAUCUCCCAGCACAUCUAGUUGUAAUCAAGGGGACCGAGUAUUUUGAUGGAAAGUCUAAACGCUACAUUGAUUAUCCUAUCACGGAUGUAUUGCAAAUGAUGGGCCGGGCAGGACGGCCCCAGUUCGAUCAACACGGAAAGGCUGUAAUAUUGGUUCAUGAACCGAAGAAAAGCUUCUACAAGAAGUUUUUAUAUGAACCUUUUCCAGUUGAAAGCAGCUUGGUUCACCACCUUCAUAAUCACUUGAACGCAGAGAUAGCUGCUGGAACAAUUGCAACAAAGCAAGAUGCUCUUUACUAUUUGACAUGGACGUAUCUGUACCGGCGGCUGGUUAUGAAUCCAAGCUACUACGGUUUGGAAGACACAGCAGCUGAGUCCGUCAAUCAUUUCUUGUCAAGUCUUGUAAAUGGCACACUUGAAGCACUAGAUGACGCUGGGUGCAUCAAAGUGAGCGAAGACAACGUAGAGAUACAGAUGCCGGGACUCAUUGCUUCAAAAUACUAUCUUCACUACACAACAGUAGCACUUUUCAGCUCAAACGUACACUCUGAGAGUUCAUUGGAGGAGCUAUUACAGCUGCUUUCAUCUGCUGCGGAGUAUGACGAGCUUCCUGUCCGGCAUAACGAGGAAAACCUGAAUGCGAUUCUUGCGCAGCAAGCACGAAUGCGUGUGGACAAUAAGCUGCUAGAUGACCCUCAUGUGAAGGCCAACUUGCUGUUUCAGGCUCAUUUCUCACGACUGGAGCUGCCAAUUUCUGACUACGUGACAGACACGAAGUCAGUGCUGGACCAAAGCAUACGUAUACUUCAAGCGAUGGUGGAUGCUGCGGCCAAUGGAGGAUGGCUGAGAACGACCAUUCGGGCUAUGCAACUCUUGCAGAUGAUUAUGCAGGGAACAUGGUCUGAUCAUUCGCCUUUGCUCAUGCUGCCAAACACAACCACGGAGCUCUUGCCUUCGCUGCCAUUCGCUACGUUGGACGAGUUCCUGUCCUUGCCGUCACAACGCUUGCGCAAGCUGUUCGAGCGCUUUAUGUCUCAGUCCCAAGUUCACGAAGUCAUACAGGCAUGGAAUUUUCUUCCACGAAUCGAUCUUACGUGGAGGAUGCGAGAUCAAAGGCUGAGUGAGGGGGACAAGUUCACGUCGUUCGCAAUAGACAUCGAAGUCAAGUCCAACAACACAAGGAGAAGCAGCACUCGAGCUUUCCUGCCUCGAUACUCGAAAUCCAAGGAAGAGGGAUGGUGGAUCGUUGUAGGAAGCACAAGUACUUGGGAGCUCUUCGCCAUGAGGCGCGUGAGCAUCAAAGACAAGCGUCUCAGCACAAGCGUUGCAGUGCCAAGAGUUCCUGCGGGAACACAGGAGAUAGCGCUGUUCCUCGUCUCAGAUUGCUACGUUGGCCUCGAUCAAACUCAUACCAUCCCGGUUUAGUCCAAUCUCUCUUUCGUGCUUUCAUUCCACACGAACCAAGUGCUAGAAAUCAGAGCAAAUGGCGAUCUCUGCGCGGACGAGUUUGGCGUUCUGACCCGAUCCGAUACAACUGGGAUCGAUCGAUCGAACGACGAUCGACGAGAAGAUGGUCUCAAUAGUAUAACACCAAGCUCUUCAAUCUGCUCGUCCGCCUCAUAUGAAUCAAGUUCUUUUGUUCUUUCGCCAUUACGUUUUAAGCUUGUUGUUUCUACUAA